AUAUCAUUGUAAUAAGAUAUGAAAAUCCUACAAAAACAAACAUCAUAAAAAUACAUAUAAGGGUUUUAAAAUAAAAAGUAAAAGCUAUGUCGGAGGAUUCAAAUUUAUAUAGGUUAGAAGGAUCUGACAAUAAACCUGGUGGCUUAAUUAUUCGUAAGAAAGUUUCUGAUCACACGUUUAAAAAGCCUCAAUCAUCUAUUUUGGGUUUGGAUAAACUAGCAGAAAGAAAACGGCGAGAAAACUCACAAGAACCUACAGAAUCCAAAUCUAGAUUAGAUACAAAAGAAAGAAAAUACAGAUCUCAUGAAGAAGAAACACCUACUCAUACAGGUGGAGUAAAUUCUGAGGCACAAAAAAGAUUGGAAACAAGACUCAAACAUCAAAGAUUAAGUGCACAAGAAAAGCAUUCGAGGUAUCAUGAUCGUGAUAGAGAUAGGAGAAAAGACAGGGAUAAAGAACGUAGUCGAAGUAGAGAUAGUAUAAGACAAACUCCUCUUAGAUUUAAGGAUGAACCUCAAACACCUAAAUUUAGGACCAAAGAUCCUAUAUCCAAAAGUAAUUGGGAUGAUGAUGAGGAUGAAGAACCAAGGAAAUCAAGUUGGGAUCAUCCUACGCCAAACCUUUAUGCUUCUAGAGAUGGUCGUGAGAGCGUCAGAAGUGAAUUUACACCUUCAUAUAAAUAUAAUUCUUGGAACAAGGAUUAUAGACCUUCCGGUACAACACCAAUGAUAGACGGGGAAGAAAAAGAAUUAUGGGAGGAAGAACAGCAAAGGCUUGAUAGAGAAUGGUAUGCAUUGGAUGAUGGAGAAAAUUAUGCUUUUGCCGAUGUAUCAGAAGAAUAUACUCAAAAAAAGGAAAUGGAAUUAGAAGCAAAGAGACAGAAACGAGUUUCAGCUCAGCAGAGGCAAAUAAACAAAGAUAAUGAAUUAUGGGAAAGAAAUAGAAUGUUAACUUCAGGUGUUGUAAGUUCCUUAGACCAUGAUGAUGAUCCAGAUGACGAAGCAGAAGGAAGAGUUCAUCUUCUAGUUCAUAAUGUAGUACCUCCAUUUUUAGAUGGGCGAAUCGUAUUCACCAAGCAGCCAGAGCCUGUUGUACCUGUGCGUGAUCCUACUUCUGAUAUGGCACUUGUAGCAAGAAAAGGUUCUGCAUUAGUACGAGCAUACCGCGAACAAAAAGAACGUCGUAGAGCACAGAAAAAACAUUGGGAGUUGGCUGGAACACAUAUAGGUAACAUUAUGGGUGUACGUGACAGAAGAAAAGAGGAUAAAGAACUUCCUGGUCAGGAAACGGAUUUUAAAGCUGGUCAGAAAUAUGCAAGACAUAUAGGUGCUGGUGAGAUUACUGGAGAAGCAAAACACCGAUCUAUACAACAUCAAAGAAGAAGUCUUCCUGUAUUUGCCGUAAGACAGGAACUUUUAAAUGUUAUUAGAGAAAAUAGUGUAGUUGUAAUAGUGGGAGAAACUGGAAGUGGUAAAACUACUCAAUUAACGCAAUACCUUCAUGAGGAUGGCUAUAGUUGUUAUGGAAUAAUUGGUUGUACAUGUCCCAGAAGAGUAGCUGCUAUGUCAGUUGCCAAAAGAGUAUCCGAUGAAAUGGCUACAGCAUUAGGAGAAAAAGUUGGUUACGCGAUUCGUUUCGAGGAUUGCACAUCCAAAGAUACUGUUAUAAAAUAUAUGACGGAUGGUAUUUUGUUAAGAGAAAGCUUGCGAGAAGGUGAUUUAGAUCGAUAUAGUGUGAUAAUUAUGGAUGAAGCUCAUGAACGAUCUCUCUCUACUGAUGUUUUGUUUGGUUUACUUAGAGAGGUUGUUGCAAGGAGACAUGAUUUAAAACUGAUUGUAACUUCAGCGACAAUGGAUUCAAGUAAAUUUUCUGCGUUUUUUGGAAAUGCAGCAACAUUUCAGAUUCCUGGUCGAACGUUUCCUGUUGAGAUUUUGCAUGCAAAAAAUCCAGUUGAAGAUUAUGUAGACGCUGCUGUGAAACAAGUUUUGCAAAUUCAUUUACAACCACGAAGUGGAGAUAUCUUGGUAUUCAUGCCUGGUCAAGAAGACAUCGAAGUCACGUGUGAAGCAUUGAAAGAAAGAUUGGCUGAAAUAGAAUCAGCUCCUCCACUUUCAAUUUUACCAAUAUAUUCUCAAUUGCCGUCAGAUUUACAAGCUAAAAUUUUCCAACGUUCGGAAGGUGGAUUACGUAAAUGUGUUGUUGCAACCAAUAUAGCAGAAACAUCUUUGACAGUAGAUGGAAUUGUAUUUGUCGUUGAUUCAGGAUAUUGUAAACUGAAAGUAUAUAAUCCACGAAUUGGUAUGGAUGCUCUUCAAGUAUAUCCUGUUUCAAGAGCUAAUGCUGAUCAACGUGCUGGAAGAGCUGGUCGUACUGGACCUGGUUACUGUUACAGAUUGUAUACACGUAGACAAUAUUUAGAUGAACUACUGGCAACGGGAGUGCCAGAAAUUCAACGUACAAAUUUAGCCAAUACCGUAUUGCUUCUGAAAUCAUUAGGAGUUCAAGAUUUACUUGCUUUCCAUUUUAUGGAUCCCCCGCCACAAGACAAUAUACUUAAUUCUUUAUAUCAGUUAUGGAUAUUGGGUGCUCUCGAUCAUACAGGACGGUUAACACCUUUAGGACGUCAAAUGGCAGAAUUUCCCUUGGAUCCUCCACAAUGUCAAAUGCUAAUAGUUGCUUCUCAGCUUGGUUGUACUGCAGAUAUUUUAAUUAUAGUUUCUAUGUUAUCAGUACCUUCAAUAUUUUAUCGACCGAAAGGUCGAGAGGAAGAUUCUGAUUCAGCAAGAGAAAAAUUUCAGAUUCCAGAAUCAGAUCACUUGACAUAUCUCAAUGUAUAUAACCAGUGGAAAACUAAUGGAUAUUCUACUUCGUGGUGUAACGAUCAUUUUAUACAUGCGAAAGCUAUACGCAAAGUCAGAGAAGUGCGCCAGCAACUGGAAGAAAUUUUAAAGCAGCAAAAAAUGGAAGUUGUUAGUUGUGGUACUGAUUGGGAUAUAGUACGGAAAUGCAUAUGUUCCGCGUAUUUCCACCAGGCAGCUCGAUUAAAGGGUAUCGGUGAAUAUGUUAAUUGUCGUACUGGAAUGCCCUGUCAUCUUCAUCCUACUUCAGCUUUAUUUGGCAUGGGUUUUACACCUGACUAUGUCGUUUAUCACGAACUAGUAAUGACCGCAAAAGAAUAUAUGCAAUGUGUAACUGCGGUCGAUGGACAUUGGUUAGCCGAACUAGGUCCUAUGUUCUUUAGUGUGAAAGAAACAGGACGAAGUGGUCGUGCAAAGCGACGACAAGCGAUGCAACAUCUUCAUGAAAUGGAGGGUCAAAUGAAAGAAGCAGAAGAGGAAAUGAAAGCAAGAGCGCAAGAACAACUAGAACGUGAACAAGCUUCUGUUAAAAGAAAAGAGAUUCUUACACCGGGUAUCAGAGAACCAGGUACGCCAGCACCAUAUCGUAAAACUCCUGGACGUCUAGGAUUGUAAAUGAAUUGUAAUGUGUGACGCUUAUAUAAGUAUUGAAAUAUAAAUAUUCAUUUGUUUUUAAACUGUAUAUGUUUAUACAAAUAAAAUAUAUCGUACUAAGGAAAUAGUAAGUAAGUACAUAAAAUAUGCAGAACAAACUAUUUUAAAUAACAAAGUAUGCAGGAAAAACAAUAUUUUAAAUAACUUUUCCUUAAUUUGGGUACACGUAUGUACAAGGACAUCAGCAUAUUCCAAGAUAAUUUGUUAUCAUAUAUACACUGAAUAUCGAAUAUAUUGAUGCAUAUGUCCAUUAAGUGAAACAUACUGAAUAUAUGUGCAAGAUGUGCAAAAUAAAAACCAAAUUUUCAAAAUA